AACAUUCAACAUCCCGCUCAUUUCUACGGCGAUUUGAAGAUUGCAGCAAAAUAUCAUCCCGUAAAUUAUUUCAGAGUAGUGUUUGAUCAUAUCAUAUUCUGUCCGUGCCGACAACGCAAAUAAUAUACGGUCAACAAUUGUUGUUGUAAUUUUUGACGAGUUUUAAAAGAGUUUCAUACAUUCAAACACCCAAAUAUUCAUAUAUUCAAAUAUUCAGAUAGAUAGAUAAAAUGUCUAAUCUUCCUCCUACACCUCCACCAAUGAAACCAUCAAGGGUGUAUAGUAAUCAACCACCUAAACCUCCUCCAAAAUUGUCUUCCUUGAUGUAUGGGAAAGGAGGUAACAGUGUAACAUCACCACCAACAAUAGAGGCUAAUAAUGAUACUUCACCACCAUCAUCCACAUCAACAGAUAAUAUUGAUCAUGAUGAAAUCCAAGAAAGUAAUUUGGAUUCGAAUGUUCUUGCUGAAUCAGAAAGUGGUAAUGAAGAAAAGGUCAUUCUAUCGAUUGACAGCCCAAAUAAUCUUCAUUCAAGAAUAACAAGUGCUGAUAGUUUGGAGAAUUUUGAAACAAAAUUUAGUUUGAGUAAUUUGACAGCUUUAGGUUCAGUUUCGGAUAGUCAUUUUAGAAAGAGAUCUACUUCUGAUAUGGACAGUACAGAUAAUAGCAGCUCAUCUCCAACUAUUCAUGAAAGUAUAAGCAGUAAUGGAAGUUUUGGAGUUUCGAAUAGUUUAGAUUCACCUAUUAUUCCAAAGCUAGAUCUUGAGGAAACAUUACAGUCACCAUCAAUUAUUAAUUUUGAUGAUGACGAAACUACUGAAUCAUCUUCUGUAGUAGAGGAUGACGAGAUUAGUACUGUUUCCACACCAAAGGCGACACUUGACAAGGAUAAGGCUAUUUCAAUUUUGGGAGAACGUAUUCCACAAUUAUUCACACGUGUUAGAUUCUUCAAUUUUAUACGUAGAGAUCCAUCUCUUAAAAAGGGUAGAAAACGUCAAGAGUUGAUUAAGGAGACCAUCGAGACAGAAAAGACCUACGUUCAAAAUCUCAAGUCCUUCCUUAAUUUGUACUAUCAACCACUAAUUGAAAAUAGAGACCACGGAAAAGGUGUUUUUAAAGGUCAAUCAGAGAUUCAAGUCCUGUUUGCCAACAUUAACCAAAUUUCAAACAUUAAUCAAACAUUAUUGAAUGAUUUGGAAAAGGCAAAUCCUGAAGUCAAAAUUGAAAUCAAGGAAGAAGAAUCUCUCCCAUCUCCAACCUCCAGCAUAUCCUCUCAAGUUUCAAACAACUCAACAUCCACUCCAAAUGGUUCUGGUGAAUUAACUAGUCCAAGAACUGUUGGGUUUGUCAUCAAGAGAAAAGAUGACCCAAAUCUUAAAAAGAAGAAUCAACCUUCAUCAUACAGAAUUUAUGAUUCUAUCGGUAAACCAUUCGGUCAUCUUGUUCCAUUUUUGAAAGUUUACACAACCUAUAUUAAUAACCACGAUAGAGCAACUGAAAUGUUUGACAAGAUGAAAAAAUCCAAUAAGAAAUUUAAGGAAUUUUUAACAGAGUGCUAUCAAAUGCAAAAGGGAAUCAAAUCAGAUUUCUGUAGUUUCCUCAUUUUACCAAUUCAAAGAAUUCCAAGAUACAAAAUGUUGCUCUCUGAAAUUUUGUCUAAUACUCCUGAAGAACAUACCGAAUUUGAAAACUUACAAAAAGUUGUGAAUGAAAUUGAAAAGAUUGCCUCCUACAUUAAUGAACAAAAGAGAAACUUUGAUAAUGUGAGAUACAUGUACGAAAUUUAUGGAAUGAUCGAACCAAUUUAUCCUGGUUUUGUCCAACCAAACAGAAAGUUCCUGCGAAAGGCCUCCUUCCAUGUCAAGUAUAGACAAGUGAAGUCACAAAGAAAUUCCGUAGCACUGCCAACACCACCAAGUAAUGACUCCAAAAACUCAGGAUCCGUGACUCCAAGAAGUUUACCAUCUGUUCCAACAAAAACAACUUCUACUGCAGCUACAGUAUCGAGUACAGGUAAGAGAGUUUUACCACCUCCUGUUCCUGGAAAACAAGGUGAUACAUUCUCUAAUGUAUUGGCUCAGAUGGCUGGUUCAAAGAAUCUGAAACCACAAUACAAUGAGGGAAGAUUUACAAUUUAUCAAUUUACUGACAUGUUGGUAUUACUUGAGGAAAAGAAUGAAUCUGAUGAAGGUUCUUCAUCACUUUUCCAAUCCUUUACUCGAAAGGCAACCAUGUUUGGAAAGAAGAAGGAACAAUCAAAUACCCCAACCAAUUCAGAUUCAACCAAAUCUAAAUAUCAUCAACUAACAUUAACUGUCGGAAAGAAUUUACACUUUAUUUUCUUCCACUUUAUUGAUACUGAUACCUUCUUUGGGAACAAUAGCAACAAUCUAAACAUCACAACCAGUGGAGGAAGGAAUUUACCUGUGCCUCCACCAAAAAGAGGAUUUUAUGAUGUUAUUGAUGAGUGUGACAUUCCAAUUCGUGUCAUUACUAAAGGUUCUCAAUAUGAAUACAUUCUCACAACAAGUACCACUGGAGACAGAGAUGAAUGGAAAGAAUCACUUGGUAAUUGUAUUUCUGACAUUUGCAAUGUUAAAAUAUACGCCAACAGAGGACUUAGUCUUCAAAAUUCUUCAGAAAUGUACAAAUUGGGAAAGGAAAGAGCUGCAGUGCAUACCCAAGCUAAAGAAAAUCUCAAGUUCCAUCAGCAAAUCCAACAGGAACAAAUGCUUUUGCAAGUAAGAACUGUUCAGGUGAGCAAUGAGAUUCAACAAAAGAAGGAAUUGUUGGCUGCUCUCCAACGUGAAAUUGCGGACCUCGAACAGGAAAAGCAAGAUAAAGAAAAACGUCUUGACGUAAUUAAGGAAGAAAAGGUUCAAGUCCGUGACAAGAUUACAACAUUGUGGCAAGAUUUGCAACAAAAGGAUAAAACUGCUCUCAAGUUACUUCACGAGGAAAAAGAAGCUUUCAAACAUGUAUUUGGAUGUGAAUAUGGUGAAGAAUUAUCUUUCAAGGCACCAACUUCAUCAACUUCGACCAGCGGUGGAUCUUCCACAAGCAACAAUGGCACUGAGAAGAACAAUAAUUCACCUCUUGCUCCAGGUCAAGUGAAUAGUGAGCUGAUGGAGCAAUUGAUGAAAGUUAAAGCCAAUGCUGAAGCAAAUAAGAAUCCACAAGUCAGCGAAAAGAAGAGUAGCUUACUGAAGAGUAUUAUUGGAGAUAGCAAAUCGAGAAAGGUCACUAUCAAACACACUCAAUUCAUUGAGAAUCAGCUCAAGGCAGUCAACCACAAUCCAUCCAAUAAGAGCGCAACCAAUUCUGAAAGUAACCCUACUGAGAGCACACCAACAAAGAAUUAGAAAGUUAAAACUUUUUAAUAUUUUAAUGUACAUAAAUGGAUCAAAAAUGAUUAUUUC